AUGUGGGAUUUGGAUAUUAACAAUACUGCGUACCAAGAGUUCCCUGAGAGAUUCAUCGCUCAUUACACAUCUUUAGCAGAAACAACAGAUAAGUUUCUCUCUGAAAGAGUAUCGAAGCUAACUUUGAUACUGAUUCCAGUGUUUUUAUUUUUAGUCUUUAAAUACGUCAUUCCUAAAAUAAAGGAGAUAGUAGUGGGAAACAGCAUCAUUACUAUAGUCCUGAAUAUUCUAAAGAUGAUCCCUGGGUUACAUAUUCUAGUUAGAAUACUCCUGAAGUCGAAGUACAAAGAACUUUAUGAAGCUAUGGCUGGAUUCUUGCUUGAGAAGAGAGAAAAUGUCUUUGAAGUUCUCCCUGACAGACCAAUCGCUAUUGAAAAACUUAAGAAAAGGAUUGAUGAAAUUCAAGAGAGCCAAUAUGAGAAAUACGCUAAUGGACUUCACUCAGGAAGUAUCUAUGGCUCUGAAGACAAGAAGUUCAAUCAAAGAAUUGAACACGCCAUGGAAAAAUUCUCCAACGCUAAUACAUUUGACUUAGAUAUCCAUAAAGGAGUUGCUCAUAUGAAUGCUGACGUGGCUAACAGUGCUAAGAAGUUAUUUAACGGAGACGACGAUACUCAUUGCAUCAUAACAACAGGAGGUACAGAAAGUAUAUUGUGCUCUUUAGCUGCAUACAAGCUUAUGGGAAAGAAGGAAAGAGGAAUCAACAAGCCAAAUAUUGUGUUCUACGACACUGCUCAUGCUGCUUUCCCUAAAGGCUGCUUUUUCUUUGGAAUUGAACCAAGAAUGGUAAAGACCAAGGAUAAAAGUUAUACUUCUCCUGAGCCUUUCAGACCCUACAUUGACUCAAACACUGUUGCUAUCAUUGCUAGUGGCUGCAACUAUGCACAUGGAGGAAUCGAUGACGUCACUGCUUUUGGCAAGAUGGCCCUUGAAUAUGGUAUUGGACUCCAUGUCGAUAACUGUCUUGGAGGAUUCUGUAAUUGCUUCGGAGACGAAAUUGUUGAUGAUAUGUUCCCCUUUGACUUCAGAACACCUGGAGUUACUACAAUCUCUGCGGAUACUCACAAAUAUGGAUAUGGACCCAAAGGAAAUUCAUGCUGUCUCAUUAGACCAAAGAAAUUAUUUGAUGCACUGAAAUAUACAUCCAUUGAUCACUCCGGAGUUCCAUUCACAAUGGAUCAUUUUGGAGACUUUAGAUCGGGAGCGAUCUUAGCUGGAACUUGGGCAGCAAUGUUCUCUCUUGGCUACUCUGGAUAUGUGGAAAAAGUCAGAAAAAUCCAUGAAGAAACUCUUAAAGUCAGAAAGUUUGUUGAUCAGCAUCCUGAUCUUAAACUUUAUGGACCAAACAACUCAUUAAACAUGGUCUGUUUCGAUGGAAUCAAUGUUAAUCCAAUCAAAGUAUCUCUCAAACUUAAGGAGCUUUAUGACUGGAAGCUUUCUGAAUGCCAAUAUCCAUGUGUUGUUCACUUACUUGUGAGUGAUUCAAACGUAGAGAAGAUGGACAAAUUCAUUAAAGAUCUUUCAGAAGUAACUGACCUGAUAAGACAAGAACCAGAUGGGUAUAAAGCUUCUGACUACCAAAAACUUUAUGGAGCUUCUCAACAAAUUACAGAUGCCUCCAUAAUGGGAGACCUCCUUUAUGUGGUCUUAGACUCAUGUUACUCAACUACAAAGGAUGACCUUAUGGUGAGCUUCAAUACUCUCCAUUAAUCCUUACUUGGAUCUUUCAAUAUCCGUA